GCAGUGUUUCUGCUACCUCCAUGGUUUCUCAAUAUGACCACAAGAAUGGUAUUGGACAAGAUGACAACUGUUCCAGAUCCAAACAAACAAACUUUCCCCAUCAUCCAGAACGCCACACAGUUCUUCACUGUUCCCAAUUGUCCAUCUCCAACAAAAACUGUUGAAUCUGUUACAUUAUCCAUGAAGCAGCCCUCUAUUCAACUCCCAGAAUUGAUACAUGGUGGUGGUGGAGAUCAUAAAGAACGCUCAGAACAAACUACAACAACAUCUUUUCCCAAGGUCAAGAGAAAUUUGACAAUGAAGAAGACUGUGGCAUCCAAUGUGAAAAGCUACAAAAAAACUGACAAUUUGGGUCGAGCUGAUGCCAUACCAUAUCAAUGUCAAUCAUUUAGAUCAACAACAAAGGUGAAAGAAGUUCCAAUUACCAAACGUAAUCGUGACAUGUUUAGUGCUGCAGCCAGAUCAAAACCUGGACCCAUUGCUAAGUCAAAGAGUGUUUCUUUUUAUACCAAACCAUUUCUAUGGCAGGCUCAACAGAGUACAGAGCAAGUUGAGUCAACAAAUCUUCCUACACGCUUUCUUGAGGAGGAAGAAAACCUACGAAAGGUCAGAGGUCAGAAAAGAAAACAUGGGGUCCCUUCUCAUCGCCAGUGGUUCAAUGAUCUGCAUGUUGGAGGAAAGUCAACGAACAUUGUAGAAAAACACGACUAUCGUGAUGAGGCUGACAAAAUUAGGCAAAUAGCUCUACCUCCAAAUGCUCAAGAGCUGUAUAUGGGCAGAGGCAUCAACUUACCAGAGGACCACUCAACAAACAGAAGAAUGAAAGAAUGGCAGAAUAAAAUAAAGGCAGAAUGUGAACUUCCCAACUCAGCACCUGCUACUACGACUGUCGUGGUGAAGACAACAAUGCAAAGCACUAUUUCAAGGUAUACUCAGCCCUUGCCAAAAGUCAAACGUUCUCAUUCAAUGUCACACAACACAUCAGACAGACAUAGUAGUAUUGCAAGUGAGCAAUCCUCGGUUAGGAAAACGGAGCGAAGGAAGUCUCAGGUGGAGAGACAGAAAAGAAACUCUGAGAUAUCAAGAAGAAGUAGUCAAGUUGAGAUGGUUCAUCAGCGAGAACAGAAGAAAGCAGAGACAAAGGUGGUGGAGCCUGAACCACUCAAGAGUGAGGCUGUUACUUUAAGUGAAGAUAAUGAAAUGGAAAUGGAGAUGAAAGAUGAUGCCAUUGAUAACUCUACACCUGUGGAAGUAGCAAUGGAAGAAACCAAGGAUGAAGGAGAGAUAGCUGCUACAACCGAUGUUAGGCCGAAUUCUGAAAUGGAGAUAGAGAUUGUAGAUGAUGACCCGAGAAGGCUUGGCUUACAUCAGAGCUCUUCAUUCUGCAAGAUCACCACGCCCAAUCCACUCACAUCUAUCGAUAUAACUCUACAUAUCUCAGCUCAUCAAAAAGAAGAGUUGGCAACAAAAUUCACCAAGCUGGACUCAAAUAGAGAUGGGCAUAUCACCUUUCAAGAAUUGACGAGUGUUCUUCCAGACUCACUAACAAAAUCUCAGAAGAAGUUUAUCAAAGAGGUAUAUGAAGCAGUAAGUAGUAGCACCUUCUUUGGUCUUGAGGAGUUUGUGGGUGUGACAUGCCUAGGAGAAAUGAUGACCAAAUUACCUGAACCCAUCAAAGAUUCUUAUGAUGAUGUAGACUUUGCCUCAAUCCAAAGCACCAUUAUGAAAUAUGUUAUGAUGUUUUCCACAGUGGACAGGCAACAAACUGGAGCCAUAUCUGUAGAUUCUCUACUGGAAGUGCUAUCCAUGGCAACAGAUAGAGAUUUGAAAUCUGAUCAAAGUCAAACUGAGCAGAUUUUGGCAACAAUUGCAAAGAAUGCAAGUUCAACAAUUGACAAAGUAGAGUAUCUUGCCUACCUGCCAUUCUUUCUUCAAUGUAGAUGAUACAACAUGUGUUUGAUUUGAUAUAUUUUAUACAUGUAUUGGUAGUUUGAAUAUAGGUGUUUCUUUUGAGUGUAGUUGGUACAUAUCUCACUUUGUCAUUCAUUAAUAAUAACAAAUUCUUAUAUAGCGCAUUUCACAAUAACCGUAUCAAUGCGCUUUACAUUAGUGCCCUG